ACUGUCCAGUCUUCGCUCGAAUUUGAGCGCAUAAGCCUAUGAAGAAGCGCUGUCUGAGUCGUGUCAAAGCUAGCGGGCUCCUGGGCCCCACAUCAGGCAAGACAAUGACCAAAAGUCCACGAGACAAAGGCAUUGAAAGCCAUCAUCGCCGCAUCGCUGGCUUCACAACCUCUAGCAAUGACUGAGCUCCCUCGUCCAAGCAGCUUUGAUCUGUACCCCAAAUCGCGCGAGCCAUUUUCACUCUCUACUUUCGAGGAUCCGCCCAGCGAGUAUGGCGGCGCUCCACUGUGGGCAUGGAAUACAGAGCUUCAUAAGCCUUUACUGCGCAAAGAAAUCAAGUACUUGCAAGAAAUGGGUCUGGGCGGCUUCACGAUGCAUCCUCGAGUCGGCCUCGAUACACCGUAUCUCGGCGAUGAGUUUAUGGAUUGCGUCAAGGCUAGUGUUGCUGAAGCCAAGAAACGAGGCUUGAAGGCGUAUUUGUAUGACGACGAUCGUUGGCCCUCUGGCUAUGGCGGUGGUCUGGUCACAAAGGAUAGAGAAGACUUUCGUCAGCAGCAUCUACUCUUCACUCCGUGGCCGUACGGUACUGCUGGGCAUGGGCCUGAUAACAAUCAGUCUAGUGGUGGACAGCCAUUUCGCAGUGAAAAUGGUCAGUUGAUUGCAAAGUAUGCAGUACGCAUCGACUAUGGCUAUGCGCGCUACCGCCGGCUGACAGAUGAGCCGGAAAAUAUACAGCCCGGGGAGCGUGUCUGGUAUGCCUAUCGGGAAACAAAUUUACUGGCUCACUGGUACAACGAUUCCUGGUAUGUCGAUACAAUGAAUCCAGAGGCCAUGGAGGAGUUUACAAAGCAAACACAUGAACGAUACUACAAGGCUGUGGGAGAGGCUUUCGGCACGACCGUUCCUGCCAUUUUCACGGACGAGCCUCAAUUUGCCACAAUGAAUCGCCUCGAUAAGAGCUCGGACGAAGGAGACUUGUUCAUGCCAUGGACACAAGGUUUGGAGCAAUCACUGAAGACUCGCCAUGGCCUUGAUUUGCUCGAGACGCUGCCAGAGCUCUUCUGGGAUACAGAUAAACUGCCUAGCCUUGUCAGAUGGGCAUUUCAUGAGCACACCUGCUACCUCUUUUGCAAAGCAUACGUCGGCACCCUAUCAAGAUGGUGUGAGAACCACAACAUUGCUUUGAUGGGCCAUAUGAUGGAAGAACCGACACUAGAACAACAGACGCAUUCGCUCGGUAGUACGAUGCCAUGCUAUGCCAGUAUGCAAAUUCCUGGCGUCGAUAUGCUCUGCGACUGGCGAGAGUACAAUACUGUCAAGCAAUGUACCAGCGUCGCACGCCAGUAUGCUCGAUCUGCAGUCAUGUCUGAGCUUUAUGGUGUCACGAACUGGACGUUCUCCUUCAAGGGCUAUCUAGGUCAAGGAAAUUGGCAAGCAGCACUUGGCGUGACACUGCGGGUACAUCAUCUCAGCUGGGUCAGUAUGGCCGGUGAGGCUAAGCGCGAUUAUCCUCAGCAAAUUGGCUAUCAGUCGCCUUGGUACAAGGAGCAUACAGCAGUGGAGCUUCACUUCAAACGUAUCGGCACAGCAAUGACGCGUGGCAAGGCCAGAACAAGGAUUGCGGUCUUGCACCCUAUUGAAUCUGCUUGGCUGCGCUACGGAGCUCGACAAACAUCUGAUUUGGAUGAAAGGGACAGCUGGUUCAAGAAACUAACAGACACGCUCAACUUUGGAUUACUCGACUUUGAUUUCUUGUCUGAAGUCUUGCUCCCAGAACAAUGCGGCCGGCAGGUCGGUCCUUGCCUAACUGUCGGUGCAUGCAAUACCACCUUGUCGAUACUGAAAGACUUUGUCGCACGAGGAGGGCUAGUCCUCGUCGCCGGCGCUGACCCACAGUAUGUCGAUGCUCGACCAUCUCAAAUCGGCUUGGAUGUCACCAGAGUCGCCUUUGAUUCUGAUGCCAUUCUCCAAGCGCUUAGACCCUACGGGGAUAUGCGCAUCAGCACAAAGUCUGGCGAAGACUCGCUUCUCUACCAAUGGCGCGACGAUGGCGAUGACAAUUUCGUCUUCAUAACAAACACCGACCGCGACGGAGAGAGAGAAGCACAUGUUGAACUCGCUGGCCAUUGGCACGUCUAUGAACUUGAUACGAUCACUGGUAAGGAAUGGGUGCUUAAGACAGUGAGGAAAUGUGGUUGGACUGCGUUCGACUGGACGUUCGAAGGAUGUGGCAGUCUGCUUCUGAGAUUGCGACUGUAUGAUCAGAGAAGUAAUAUCAAAGGCACACCACAAGAUCUCCCUCGUUGGCAAGUCGACCAUUUGAUCGAGCACACCAGAAGCGAGCUAUCAGAACAAAAUACGCUCUUGCUUGACUAUGCUCGCUACCAUAUCCGCCGAGGCGAAGAAGAGCCGCAGCAAGCCCUGCCAGACGACUGGUCUGACCUCAAGGAGAUUCUCAGGCUAGACAGCGAAGUGCGACAGGUUCUUGGCUUCAAUCAAAAGUCAGAUGGUAUGGCUCAGCCUUGGACUGUGCCCAAGCCGCGACCGUUUCCACAAGAUACGCUCUUCCUGCAGUUCAAAUUUGACGCCAAAGUCGCUCUCAGUGAUGCUGAGCUUGCUCUCGAGGGCGCAGACAUGAACAAGGUGUACCUCGAUGGUAAGCUGAUCAAGUUCCCUGAUGCAAUUUUGGCGACCUUCUGGGUUGACGAGAGCAUUUCCAAAUUGCAAUUACCCAAGCUAGAGCCAGGUACUCAUGUCAUCAUACUUGAGGUGCCUUUUGACGCGCUCAACACUUCUGUGGAGCGCAUCUACCUCUUAUCAUUCUCGAUGGGUGUCACAAUCGACACUAGCAAGGCCGCAGGGGAGAAGGCUAUCAUCACCCACUUGCUCGACCCUAGCAAGCUGCCCUUGACCGGCAACUACACUCGAGCAGGCCUGCCGUUCUACACCGGAAAUAUCAGCUACACAUUCAAAGUGGCUGCAAAAAAGAAGCGUGCUGGGCGGCGUCUGGGCAUGCGCAUUCCGAAGGACGGGCUGGGUGUGAACCCCGUUGUCACAGUGUCUUACACAGCACGCGAUGCAAAAACGAGGCACAAAUCAGUGUUGAUGCAGCCUCCGUACACAAUGGAGUUUUUGGGGGACGCUACACAUUACGACGUUUGUGUGACGGUCUUUGGUAACCGCGACCACAGCUUUGGCGCUGUUCACUGUCCAGACGGACGACUUGAAUACUACGGACCAGGUGCAUGGCGAACAAAUGGCGAUGACUGGUCUGAUGAUUAUACGAUUCGUCCAAUGGGCCUUCUGAUGGGGCUCGAAGUGUUGACGUCUGACAGGUGAACGAUUGAGUCUGUGACUGUUCUAUAUUUCUACCCCAGAAAAUCAAUUUCCUUUCACGGCAAAGGCCGAAACUAAAAAGCUCGGCGCGGAAGAGUGUGGAGCACCGAUCUAGUACGACUUCGUGAGCAUUGUUCUUUGCACACAACAAGUGACUAUACCACCAUGCUUGCAGAUGUCGCUGAUGCUCGGGAUGUCAAGUUCACAUAUCCAAACAAGGAUUUGCUAAUACAUCUUCGAUGAUCCUCCCGUUGCUCCAGACACGCCGCUCUUUAUCGAUGCA